UUAAGUUAGGCUUUAUUUGUGCGUCUUUUCCAGUCUUCUGCAUAAAGCAGUAUUAUCCUGAGAUUGCUUUCAAUUAUUUUAGUGUUGCACAAUUUUUCUUUUAAUGGAAUAACUUGUGUAGAAUAUAUAAAUUAGCAGUAUAAGAAAUAUAAGCAGUGUUAUUAAUCGUACCUUUUUAUCAACACAAACAUAUAUUUUCUUGUCAAAAUGAGAUAUGCACAGCUAGUAAUGGGUCCAGCCGGCAGCGGCAAGUCUACUUACUGUUCAGUUAUGCAACGACAUGCUAUUGACUCGAGAAAAACGGUAGAUGUUGUGAAUUUAGAUCCUGCAGCAGAAUAUUUUGAUUAUGAGCCCUUAGCAGAUAUAAGAGAUUUAAUUCAUUUAGAUGAUGCCAUGGAAGAUGAUGAAUUCAACUUUGGACCCAAUGGUGGACUUGUUUUCUGCAUGGAGUACUUAGUCGAAAAUUCAAGUUGGCUAGAAGAGAAAUUAGGUGAUGUGGAUGACGAUUAUAUAAUAUUUGACUGUCCUGGACAAAUUGAGUUGUAUACUCACAUGACUGUGAUACGAGAGCUGAUAACCACCCUGCAAAAACUUAAUUUCCGUAUAUGUGGAGUGUUUCUGAUAGAUGUCCAAUUUAUGAUAGAUGCAUCAAAGUUUAUAUCGGGAACUCUGGCUGCUCUUAGUGUAAUGAUAAACUUGGAAAUUCCGCAUAUUAGUAUUCUUAGCAAAAUGGACUUGCUAUCGAAGAGCACACGGAAAAAAUUAGACAGCUAUUUUGAUCCCGAUCCAUUUAGUUUAUUAACUGAAAAAGAUCCAUGGAACGAGAAGUAUCACAGUCUUACAGAAAGUCUUGGUAAAAUUAUAGCAGAUUAUAGCUUAGUGCGUUUCUUACCAUUAAACAUCAAGAAUGAGGAAAGUAUCGCAGACAUAAAAUUAACGAUCGAUAAUACCAUACAAUAUGGCGAAGACGAAGAUGUAAAAGUUAGAGACUUUGAUGAUCCAGAAGAUAACGAACUAAAUGAUUCUUAAAUCAUUUUGUAAAAAAAGAAAAGUUACAA